CAAAACAUGGUCGAAUCUUCAUUACCACUCAAGACCGGCUUCAUCUUUUUACACCUGCUACCACUGCUUUCAUCAUCAGGCCAACGUCUGGACAACUUCAACAACUGCCAUUGCUUAUUUCUAAAAUAGUGCAUCAUCAGCAGACAUGAAGAUCCUUGGCCAGAUUGCUUUCUUGCUUUUGCUGGGGGAGAGCUGGAGUAGAAAUGCUAAAGUUCAAUCCACCAAGAAAUCUCCACAUGGGAGCCAAGCAGGCAAGGGCAUCCAGCCUUCACUUGAGGCUAUUCUCUCUGCUGGGAACAUUUCAAACAGUAGAGCACGUGACUCGACAAGGGAUGCUGCCGAAGGAGCUCGAGUCGCUAAACAGCAGACGGAUGAAAUGAGGUUGCACUUUCUCAAGAACCCGCAUGUGACAUGUAAUGAUGGGUCACCAGCUGGGUUUUACCUCAAAGAGAUCAGAGGAAGCCGCAGAUGGCUGUUAUUUCUGGAAGGCGGCUGGUGCUGCUACAGCAAAGAGACCUGUGAUUCCAGGUACCAAAAUAUCCCUCGACUAAUGAGCUCCGCGGGUUGGCCCCUGACAAAAACUGGCCGUGGCAUAUUGUCAUCCCAAGUAGCAGAGAAUCCUUAUUGGCACAACACUAACAUUGUAGUCAUCCCAUAUUGCUCCAGUGACGUUUGGAGUGGCACUGGGCCUGCUCCGGCCCCUCCUCCAAGCCAAGGGCAAGGAAGAGAGAAAGAACGGAACAGAAAUGCAAAUGCAACUGAGUACGCUUUCAUGGGAUCGCUCAUCAUCCGAGAGGUCAUCAAAGACCUUAUUCCCAAAGGAAUCAAGCAGGCCAAGGUUGUUCUGUUGUCUGGCACAAGUGCUGGGGGUACAGGAGUCUUGCUGAAUAUCGAGAGAGUGGCCAGUUAUUUGGAGCAACUUGGUGCAGAGGCACAAGUCCGAGGUCUGGUGGACUCUGGCUGGUUUCUCGAAAGUAAACACCAGAGAUCGCCCAACUGCCCGGAAACAGUUACCUGUUCACCUGAAGAUGCUAUCAAGGUCGGCCUAAGGUUGUGGAAUGGUGUGGUGCCAGAUAGGUGUCGUCGGCUCUAUAAGAAAGGGGAGGAGUGGCAGUGCUUCUUUGGCUACAAACUGUAUUCCACCUUGACCUCGCCUCUAUUUGUUGUGCAGUGGUUGUUUGACGAGGAACAGUUGAGGGUUGAGAACAUCUACAUUGGAGGACAGCACAUGAGCAACGAACAGUGGCAGUACAUCCAGAACCUUGGCAAAGAGUUGAAGAACUCUUUAAGAGAUGUCACAGCAGUAUUUGCGCCUUCCUGCCUCUCCCAUACAGUGAUUACUAAAAGCAACUGGAUGACUUUCCAAGUUCGAGGCACUUCUCUGCCUCGGGCCCUGCACUGCUGGGACAGGAGCUUGGAAGCUACUCGUAACAACAGAACUCCAACUAAAGGCUGCCCGUUCCACCUGGUGGACGGUUGCCAUUGGCCUCAGUGUAACCCCACCUGCCCGACCCUGGUGGACCAGGCAACUCAACAAGAGCUCACCUUGCUUCAGAUGCUGGCCGCCAUGGGUUUGGAUCUCCGGAAGUUAGGCUUGAAUCCUAAAAAAGACACAUAUUCCCUCGCAAGCGUGGGCAGCAAUGAUGGCUAACAUAUUGUAAGUGCAGAAGAGAGACCAGUCAGGUGUUGACUUUUUAUGUAAGCAUCAACUAGAAAAGAAACUUCGGUCAUGCCGUGUCCUCCAUGUGUCAAGCUUGAAACCCAAUGGUCAAGUCUUUUUUUCUUUAUAGUUUGCAUUUGUGCUUCAAGUUCUCGCUAUUGGUAGACAACACAUUCAAUCUUGAACUCGAGCAUAGUGGAACUGAGUGUUAAUUUUAUAGAUAACUUGAGAGUCAUAUAAAAUGUCAGGCUCACUUAAACAUCAGUUCAUGUUUUAUCGUGGAUAGCAACUUUUUUAACUUUUUUCCAUUAGUUCCAUAUAUAUUUAUUUGUAUGAUUUCUACCUGGUCAUUAGUCAAUUUAGUUGUGGAUUUAACUCAUUUUGAGCAGCAUUUUUUAAUGUAUGGACAUCAAAUUGCUACUGGCUCUGCCUAACUCUGAACUCUACACAUGCAGCUCAACACACUGACUAUUUUUUGUGACCUACCUAUCUAUAGCCCACGAGGCAACCUGAGCUAUCAUAUUUAUACGUAUAUUUUACUGCAUGUUAAAGUAAUCUCUGUCCUACAUUUGUUGACUUUGAUCUAUAUCACAAGUGUAUUAUGAUUCAGUCAGAUUUAUGCCAAAUAAAGAUUCCAUUAUACA